AUGUCGAAUCCAUUACUAGCUAAUCUUAACGCUUUCAAAAACAAGGUUAAAACAGCUCCUGUUUUGCCAUCAAGAAGACCAAAUUCAACUCCACCACCACCUUCACAAUCACAAUCAAGAAAACCAUUAAGUAGUUCAAGUUCGGGUAAUAAACGUUCUGCUUUAGAUUAUGAUGAUGAUGAUGAAUUUGAUGAUAAACCAAUUAAGAAUAAGAAACCUGCUUAUGAUACCUCGGGUUCUCAUUUAUCAACUAAAUUAUUAUUAGCUGUGGAAUAUAUUAAAGAAAGAGUUAAUCCUGUACCUAUUGAUACAUUAUUAUCUUAUUUAAGUUUAAACAAUGAUGAACAAAAAUCAAAAUUAUUAACUCUGGUUAAAAAUUUAGAUAAAAUUUAUUUUAAUCCUGAUGAUAAUACUUUAGAAUAUGUUUCAAUUCAUAAUAUUAAAGAUAAAAAUGAUUUAUUAAUUUUCCUUAGACAACAACCAACUUUUAAAGGUAUAUCUGUUAAAGAAUUAAAAGAUGGUUGGAAUGAAUGUAUUCAAAGUAUAAAUGAAUUAGAAGAAGAAGGUUCAAUUCUGGUUUUAAGAACUAAAAAGGAUAAUCAUCCAAGAUUAGUUUGGGCAAAUGUUGGUGGUGAAUUAGGUAUAGUUGAUGAAGAAUUUGUUAAAUUAUGGCUGAAUGUUAAAUUACCUGAUAGAUCUGAAUUACCUGGUUUAUUAAAUAAACGUGGUUUAAAACCUGCAAGUGUUGAUCCUGCAACUGUUAAAAAUACAAAUAAUGAACCACAAAAAAAAAGAAAACAAAGAAAGGGGAAGAUUACAAAUACUCAUAUGACUGGUAUAUUAAAAGACUAUAGUCAAGGAAGAUAA